GCUGCUUUAUUUUUAAUACACCUUUCCUUUUUUUUUUUUCUGUGUACUCUGAAUGCUUGUUAAAUUUAGUGUGCUGAUAGGAUACCUCAGCUGUCUCCCAUGGAUAGCUUGGUCGACAGAUGGCUCGCUCAAUAUGAUGCUGACCUACCUUCAUGCUGUCGGCGUCUGUAUUUUACUGUACGUUCUGUUCUUCGCAUCUGCUACCCUAGCUGAGCAAAAGACAAAUGAUCUCUACGGAUUACGACAUAUCUUAUUCAACGUGGAGCUUCCUCCAAAGACAAUGUGGUUCAAUAUGGGUUUAUGGGAUAAAAAAGGCAUCCGCUUUCCUACCGCCUGCGAAAAUCUUGUUCACGCAGUCGUCAGUAAAAUGGAUAUGAAGGCUGGUUCAAGUGUACUGGAUGUUGGCUUUGGAUGCGGGGAUUCUUGUAUACUUUUAGCAGAGACCUAUCAUUGCCAGGUUACUGGUUUAACCAAUGAAUUAUCUCAAUGGAAGAUAGCUGAAAAGCGAGUUUCCAGUCAAGAGCAUUUGCGCAACAAAAUCCAGCUCAUACACGGCUCUGCUGAUAAUAUUCAUCAAUGGUUGCCUCCCACCACAAGCUUUGAUUAUAUCCUAAGCAUCGAUUCUGCGUAUCAUUACAAUACACGCUGGAGCUUUUUAAAAGACGCUCGUGACAAACUCAACAUAGGCGGAGUGGUCGGCCUUUACGAUCUAGCCCUCGAUGACAGCUUUGCUAAUGGAACCAGAAGCCCAUUUGCCACACUUUUCCUGAAAUGCAUCUGUAAGGCUAUGCAUGUGCCCAUUCGAAAUCUGGUCACAGUGACAGAGUAUAAAAGGAUCGUCAGUGAUCUUGCUUAUUUAAACGUGCAAGUUCAACCGUUGGACAGAAGAGUCGUUUUUGGAGGUCUAGCCAAUACACUUGCUCAGUUAGAUGUCACAACAAAACAGUAUGGCAUUGGUGUUAGUCUUUCAAACAAGCUAUUUCUGAAAGCCUCACGUUUUAUCUUUGAUGUGCUGGCUAAGAGCUCCAUCUUUAUUCCCAUCAUUGUCAUAUGCCGUAAAGAAGGCACAGAAACGAUGUGACUUUGAGCCGUUUUUUUUUUUGUUUUUUUUUUU